AUGGUGAUCCUGAAGCGGACGGCACAUCCAAUGCUUCUGCUGCUAUUAUUAUAUUGCACGGCGAUCUCAUAUGCACAAGACGUACAGUAUGCCGUCAUUGCCUUUCUGCCGGAAGGCGCGCAAUCCGUUGUUGUCUCUGUUGACGGCACGAACCAUCCGCUCGGACCUAGUCAACAAAAUAUCCCCAACGUUUACACUGGUACCGCCCCUGCACCUGCAGAAACAUACAAUUAUGCUAUUUUGGACGGCCAAGGCAACGUACUCAUGUCGGAAGCGACACCUAGACGAUUGGCCAAUGGUGAUUCUAGUGGCAAUGAAUUCUUUAAUCGAACUACUUUACAUCAAGUACCAGAACUUCCUCAAGCCUACCACCCUAUCUAUCCACCACUGUUCAGCAACAUGAACAAGUCUGAUGAAAUCGCCACCAUCAUCAUGCAGGCCAACAUGACAGCUGUAAAUGAGAUCUUAUCAGAUCCCAAAGGAGAUCACGAGUAUGCAUUGGUGGAAAGCAUGACGUAUAUUAACAGCAGAGACGCCUUUACGUUCCGAAACUCUGGGUUCCGCAACAGUGGCAAAUCAAGCAAGGAAUUCACAAGACAGUCGUUCAAAAUCAAGCUUAAUGAAUAUACUGAAAAGGGAGCAGAGAAACAAUUACUCUAUGGCAGAACAACCGUAAAACUACGUGCUCAGCCUGCUGACCCUACCAUGAUGCGAGAGAAACUGGCUUUUGACUGCUUGGCCGCUGCCGGUGCUGCCACAUUGGGCGCUUCAUGGACUCGCCUAUUUGUUAAUGGUCAACCAAUGGGUCUUUACCUAAUGAUCGACGAUGCUACAACAAGUUUUAUUGAUAACGUUCUGCAUGGUGGCGAUCAUGACUAUCCUCAUACAGGUCCCACUUACAAGGGCAAUGCAAUCACUCCACAAGAGGAGGGUAACCUCGUCUACCAUGGCGAUAACAUUGCUCUAUAUCCGGAAAGUAUGUACGAAUUGGAAGAUGAAGGCGCCAACGGCGACCUGUUCCCGAACAAGUCAGACGAAAUCGUGCCUUUGAUUGGGUUUAUGCGAGAUCUGAGCAAUGUUGAGCUCGCACAAGACGCUGAGAACCGCGGCAACUUGGGUAACCUGAUGGAUAACUCACAUCACACUUUGCUACAUCUCGCUAUCAACUUUUUGUCCGGCGCUUGGGAUGGUCUUUGGCAUCAGGCAAGCAAUUAUUAUCUGAACCAAAACUUGGAAUCUAAGCGUUGGACCAUGAUCACUUAUGAUUAUGACGAAGUAUUUGGCAUCGGCGUCGAUCCCUCUGUUGCUACAACCCCUUACCAAAACUUUUCGCGUGCCAACUCAUCACGACCCUUCAUUGACGUGCACUUGGAAUCCCCGUACUAUCGUGGCGAAUUCGAAAAGAUUUUACAAACCAUUGUCAAGCGAUACUUUAAACCCAGUAUCAUUGACGCCAGACUCGAUGCUUGGCGUACCAUGCUGCAAGCCGAUCAACACUGGAACUUGGAAUUGCCUGCACGCUCACCCGGAACGAUCAACACGACUUGGACCAUUUGGAACUUUGAAAAUAACAUUGAAAAUACGGAUGGUCAGGUGAUGGGCAUCAAGGAAUGGGUCCGCAAUCGUUCCGCAGCUGUUUGUGAGCAGCUUAGUUUUACCGACGAAGAUGAUCUUCCUCCUUUGGGUCCCUAUAAUGCAGAGUCGCGUCCGCCAGCCAAUGAGCAGACAGAACUGAAGCCUUCGGCUGCUGUACCUAACUUGUUAUGGCACCAGAACAGCUAUUGCUUAGUUCUCACAGCUUUGGCUGCGCUAUUUUUAGUAAAUCUUUGA